AUGUCUGGAUACGCUCUUGCAACGAGAGAGGCCGAAGAAACUCAUGCCUUUGUUGUGUUCGAUGUGCUGCAGUUCACGGCUCUUGCCCUUGUCUCAGCAACAUAUCUUUCGGCGUUGUUCUCAGCGAAACUCCAGCGGCUCAAAACCUGGUUUGCUCUGAUGGUCUCUUCCCUGUUGUAUUGUAUAUCAUUCCUUCUUCUUCUUGGACACCAAACCGGAGCCAGUCCAUCUUUGGGUUUGUGCUUAUUUCAAGCAGGACUAAUCUAUGCUGCACCUCCAAGUGUUGCUGCGGCAGGAUUAGCCUUCAUUGUGGAACUGUAUCUCAGGCUAUUCACUACCUUGACAUCAAGAAAACUUGACAAACGGCUCAUUACAGCUCUGUUAUUCCUACCACCUUUGACUCAUCAAUUCGUCUUCUGGAUUGCACUAUUUACCGGUAUUUCUAAACAACAUACUGUUCAACGGAACGCGCAACAGAUGUUCUGUCAUAUCAAUGACAAUUUGCCUACCACCGUUACUGGAGUCACAGUGGUUGCUCUCCUUGUACUGAUGAUCUUGCUUGAGUCAGUGUACACAGCCUAUUAUCUUUGGCGUCUACGCAGUAUCUUCAGGGAUCUACGGCGGCGUUGCCAAUGUGGCCCCAUUUUUCCAUUUGCACUGUUUGUUCGUGCGGGAACUUACACAUUUGCUGGAGGAUUGGGAAUCAUUUUGGUCGACAUUUUUUUGAACACCAGUUCAGCCGCAUCUUCUGGAACAGGCACACAAGAUCUAUUGGCUAUCAUCCCACUUUCAGUAGCUCUUGUGUUUGGAACACAGGAGGAUAUUGUCCAGGUGUACAAAUUUUGGAAGAAGCGGGGCCUACCAGCGGGGUCCCCACAGCCAAAUAUCAACGGUGAAAGUGUCGAGGUUUGCUAUGAUGCAGAACGUGUGCAUCCUUAA